AUGGAGUUGAGCCUCGACGGGCUCGGCAGCCUCCACCAGGCGGGUGAGCUCUUGAGCCCCGCCGGGGCGCACGCCAGGCAGCCUCCGCCUCCUCCGCCGCCGCCUCCCCCUCCGCCUCCUCCCCCGUCGGCGCACCGCAACCUCGUCUCCUCGCACGGCCGGCCGGCCAUGGUCUCCAGCAUGGCGUCCAUCCUCGACGGGGCGGGAGACUAUCGGCCGGAGCACACCUUGGGAGGCCCUCUCCACCCGGCUAUGAGCAUGGCUUGCGAGUCGCCCUCGGGGAUGAGCACCUACACCACCUUGACGCCUCUUCAGCACCUGCCGCCCAUCUCCACCGUCUCCGAGAAGUUCCACCACCACCACCAUCCUCACCACCACCCGCACCACCACCCGCACCACCCGCCGCACCACCAGCGGCUCUCCGGGAGCGUCAGCGGCAGCUUCACCCUCAUGCGCGAGGAGCGCAGCUUGGCCGCCUCCAUGGGGAACUUGUACGGCCACUACCCGAAGGACAUGCCGUCUAUGGGGCAGGCUCUGUCGCCCCUCUCCAACGGCCUGAGCCUACACAACGGGCAGCAGUCGCUGGCCCCCUACGGCCCCGGCGCCCACCUGGCUGGAGACAAGUUGCUUUCGCCCAACGGCUUCGACCCUCACAUGCUAUCCAGGAGCGAGGAACACCUGGCGCGGGGUCUGGGGGCUCCGGGCUCCGGCAUGAUGCCCUCUCUGAACGGCAUGCACCCCCACGGAGGACACCCCCACGGGCAAGCCAACGGCGCCCUGCUGGGCGAGCGGGAGAGGCAAGGCUCGUCCGCGUCGGGCUCGCAAGGCGGCGGCUCCGGGCAGGUGGAAGAAAUCAACACCAAGGAAGUGGCGCAGCGGAUCACGGCCGAGCUGAAGCGCUACAGCAUCCCGCAGGCCAUAUUCGCCCAGCGGAUCCUGUGUCGCUCCCAGGGCACCCUCUCCGACCUGUUGAGGAACCCCAAGCCGUGGAGUAAGCUGAAGUCCGGGCGGGAGACCUUCCGACGGAUGUGGAAAUGGUUGCAGGAACCGGAAUUCCAGAGGAUGUCUGCCUUGAGGCUGGCUGGUAGGUGGCUUCGCGUUAGGGACUAGAAACUUGGGGGGGCUGCGUGGUGGGGUCCGGAGAGGGGUGCGGUGCGGGAGCCAAACAGCUGUAAAUUUCACAGGCGCGCACACAUACACACACACACUUGGCCGCCUGGACUCUCCACUUUGACGCGCGCCUCUCUGGAAGAGGGAACACGGUCGUCUGAACGCCCGCGGGGAAUGUCAUAGGCGGGUGGGGGUGAGAGAGAAAGAAUGGAAGGGGAGGGUGUCUAGGGGAAGAAGCGGAGAAAUCAUUGGGGAGCGGGAGGGGUGUGCUUGUGAAAGGAAUGAGACAGGAACUCCCGCCCCUACAAGGAAAGAGGCGCGAGUGUGAUUUACAGGUGUGUGGGUCAGGAUGCGUGUAUGCUGCUUCGCGGCCCCGAGCCUCGGGGAAAGUGGCUGGCGCGUGUGAGGAUCAGCUCCGGCGGAGAUGA